AAUCAUUUUGAUUUUCUUGUAAUUUUGAAAAAACAGUGAAAGUGGUGGCACGGCAGCAAAACAAGCGACGGGGAAGCACUUCUUCUUCCGAUUUGGGAACUAACCAAACAGAUCACAGCUUCUAGGGUUUUAGGUUCCGUCCAAUUAGCGGUUUCUCUCUCUCUCUUCAGAAAUGGAUAACAGUAGCUCAGAACAGACCGUGCAAGAUGGCAAACUCUACAGAAACCUCAAUUCUCUCAUCGUCGCUCAUCUUCGCGACAACAGUCUCACUCAGGCUGCAAGUGCUGUUGCUUCAGCAACCAUGACUCCACUGAAUGUAGAAGCCCCUCCUAACAGGCUUCUCGACCUGGUCGCUAAGGGUCUUGCAGUGGAAAAGGGCGACAUCACAAGAGGCACUGGUUUCACUGCUACACUGCCUCUGCCUCACACAACAGCUAUUGAUUUCAGCUCUGUGCCUGAUGUGAAAGGUUCAUCAAAGAGCUUCCCAAAGCAUGAAACGCGACACCUUUCAGAACACAAGAAUAUUGCCAGAUGUGCUAGGUUUAGUGCUGAUGGAAGAUUUGUUGCCACUGGAAGUGCAGAUACAUCAAUAAAGUUAUUUGAGGUUUCGAAGAUCAAGCAGAUGUUGCUGCCAGAGGCAAAGGAUGGUCCUGUGCGGCCUGUCAUACGAACAUAUUAUGAUCAUAUACAACCAAUAAAUGAUCUGGAUUUUCAUCCACAAGGUACUAUCCUGAUUUCUGGAGCUAAAGAUCAAACAAUAAAGUUUUUUGAUAUUUCAAAAACAAAUGCAAAGAGAGCAUACAGGGUUAUCCAGGACACACACAAUGUUCGAUCUGUAUCUUUUCAUCCAUCUGGAGACUUUCUGCUGGCAGGAACUGAUCAUGCAAUUCCACAUUUGUAUGAUAUAAAUACCUUUCAGUGUUAUCUGUCGGCAAAUAUCCCAGAGACUAGCCCCAGUGGAGCCAUAAACCAGAUCAGAUAUUCUUGUACAGGUUCCAUGUAUGUUACAGCAUCUAAAGAUGGUGCUAUUCGGUUGUGGGAUGGCAUCACUGCCAAUUGUGUGCGCUCAAUAACUGCAGCACAUGGAACAGCUGAGGCUACCAGUGCAAUUUUUACAAAAGAUCAAAGGUUUGUUCUCUCUUGCGGGAAGGAUUCUACCUUAAAGCUUUGGGAAGUUGGCUCUGGAAGAUUAGUCAAACAAUAUCUGGGUGCUAUACAUACCCAGCUAAGGUGCCAGGCUAUUUUUAAUGAGACAGAAGAAUUUAUUCUAUCCAUAGAUGAACUGAGCAAUGAGAUCGUUAUCUGGGAUGCGAUGACAACAGAAAAAGUAGCAAAGUGGCCUUCUAAUCAUGUUGGUGCACCCCGCUGGCUUGAACACUCACCAAUAGAGUCUGCUUUUAUUUCCUGUGGAACUGAUAGGUCAGUUCGGUUCUGGAAGGAAACUGUAUAAUUAAUGGGAAGGAGGCUGAAUGCAUUUACAGACUAAUUAAAGUUAUCACUGAUUGAAAGUUAACUCUGGGAAUUUCCAUUUAUUUUUCUUUAAUUUCUAGUAGUAGCCUAAGGCUUUUUGCCUGCAGAAGUAGUUAAUGCAUUCAGCUCUCGGAAUUGGAAGAUUAUCUAUUUCUGAUGAUUUGUUUUGCUCCAUCUUUCAAACAAUUCUUAACAGCUACUACUGUUUCAUAUUCCAUAUUUUCACGAAAGUAGCUUAAAGUUGGAUUGGAUGAACCUUGGCGGGUCUUUUCUGUA